AUGACACGGCGCCAGUUGAUGAUGCGAUCUCUACCUGUUCCUGCGUCAACUAUUGCCGACGAAGCCGAAACCACUUCCAAUAGUUAUUAUGAUAUAAAGGUCUUUGUGUGUGACCCUCCGGUCAAUCUGUAUACGCUGGAGGAUAUCUUCUUCAUGGGUUAUGGAUGGCUUCUGUGGCACGCCAGACUGUGGCAGGCUGACACAUUUUGCAGCGACAAGGCACAAGUGGCCUGGGAGACGGGUGCUCGUGACAGAGGCGACGCGGCAGGGGCACCUCUCGCUUCGACACGAUGGCCGACCAUAUGUACAAGCAAGAUGGCGACCGUGAAGAGCUCGGCAUCGCCUUUCUCCAUCCGGCUCCUUGAGCAACACGCCGUCGCGUCCGGAGACGAGCGCGACCAGCUCCUGACGCUGUUGCCCGCGUCUUACCGCAGACAGUCCGGUGACUUGGCGGCUGCAGGCCAGUAUGUCACGGCCUGCGUCGAGGAAGAGCUUGAUCUACGGCGUCUUACCAGCAUCCAAGGCUGGCUCUGGAUGGCCGGUAUACCUUUGCCGCCACGUGCCCUGCACCACCAGCUCUUGUUAGGCCGGGAGAUUAUUAUUACAGAACGGAUGGAUAUGCAUCUUGUCUGGACCACUGGUCGGAUGUUCUUAAAACCGAUCCCGCGUUUCCUCUUGGAGCCGGCCUUCUGGAUUCGAUACCUCGCCAACGAGCAGUGUGGAUGUUCUCCCGACACGAAUGUUGUUAACCACGCUAUCAUCCUAACAGAAUGCAGGCAUCCACAUCUCCGUGCAUCUGCGCUCGGCUUCCUCUACUCCUACGCCGCGCUACUCUCACACGAGAGCGACUUCCUCCUCGCCCAAGAAAAGCACCUGCUUCCACCUGAGAUAGCUUGGUGCGGGUGGCGGAUACUCGUCGAGCAGCUGGACAUCGAACACAUCUUACCCCGCAUCGACCGGCGAUUUGUCCACGGAGAGCUACGUUUAAGUCGUCUAAACAAGAUAUACAUCCUGGCACGGACGCCGAUGCGCGGAUACAUGGCUCGCUGGGAUCAGUCGGGCUGGCAACGGAGUCCCUCGGCCACAAUCGGGCGUUCCAAUCUGCGUCUCAUUGUGCUUCGAUUCUGUGGCACCUUUCUGAGGAACUGGAUGAAGGCUAUUCAUCAGAAAAGGAGACGCUACUCUGAGCUUGGCAUCUCGCAACUUUAA